UGCUCACCAGCCCAAAGCGAUGCAUUAUUGAUAUUUUUGCUGCUAUCUCUUUAAAUGGGAUUGGUCUGUUUUGUGUGCGUGUGCAUGUGAGAGAGAAAGAGACAGCGAGUGGGAGGCAAGCUUUGUGUGGAGAAACAGAAUGAACGGGUUGUUAUUUUAGGCUAGGACAUUAAUUCACUUGUUUAAUAUUUCUUUCCAUACACAUAUGAAGUGGUAUUUUCCGGCUUUGGUACUGAGAGAGGUUUACAUCUCAAAUUAUCCUCACCUCCGCAAGGAAAUAACGGGCAGGGCUGCUGCUGCUGCUGCUGCUACUGGUAUAUUUAUUUAUUUUCCCUCAUGCGUCCUGCAACGUUGUGGGAAACGCGAUCGAGCCAGGCAGCGAUCUCUGAUUUAUGAUGGAUUAAUGGUCGUGUGAGCUGCAUAUGAAAGAAAGGCUUCCAAUGCUGAAUAUGUCCACUCCCAGUGACCUCAAGUCUCCCUGCGUGACGCGGAACGGCAUGGUCAAGCUGCCCCCCCAGCCCAACGGCCUCGGUUCGGCCAGCAUCACUAAAGGCACACCAGCUGCCAAGAAUCGCCUGUGCCAGUCGUCCUCUGUGCCCACCAUUUUGCCUCCCCCGAGCCUGCCCUAUCACCUGGAGCCCCUGCCCACAGCCGCCUCACUGCUGGGCCCUGACUUGGACACAAGCCCUGUGACUGCCAUCAAACCUCCCCUCCGGCAAUUUCCCAAAACCCUGCUGGAGAGACAACUGGUGCUGGACGAAAAGGUGCUGAACCGGCUCUUAUGGUACUUCACCACAGCAGAAAAGUGCAUUCUUGCCCAGGUGUGCAAGACAUGGCGGAAAGUGCUCUACCAGCCCAAGUUCUGGGAAGGUGUGAUGCCCAUUCUGCAUGCCAAGGAACUCUACACUAUCCUGCCCAAUGGGGAGAAGGAGUUUGUUAGCCUGCAGGCUUUUGCUCUUAGAGGCUUCCAGUCCUUCUGUCUGGUGGGGGUCUCUGAUUUGGACAUUUGUGAGUUCAUCGACAACUAUCCGCUGUCAAAGAAAGGAGUCAAGUCUGUCAGUCUUAAGAGGUCGACUAUCACAGAUGCAGGACUUGAGGUGAUGCUGGAACAGAUGCAAGGGCUGAUGCAUCUUGAGCUCUCCGGCUGCAAUGAUUUUACAGAAGCCGGCCUGUGGUCCAGCCUGAAUGCGCGGCUUACCUCUCUCAGCGUCAGCGACUGCAUCAACGUGGCAGACGACGCCAUCGCCGCCAUUUCUCAGCUCCUUCCCAACCUAUCGGAGCUCAGCCUGCAGGCCUAUCAUGUGACCGACACGGCAAUGGCCUACUUCACCGCCAAGCAAGGCUACACCACCCACACGCUGCGUCUGAACUCCUGCUGGGAGAUCACCAACCAUGGUGUAGUCAACAUGGUGCACAGCCUUCCCAACCUCACCUCCCUCAGCCUGUCGGGUUGCUCGAAGAUCACAGACGAUGGCGUGGAAUUGGUUGCAGAGAAUCUGAGGAAGCUCCGGAGUCUGGAUCUGUCCUGGUGCCCCCGUAUCACUGACAUGGCCCUGGAGUACAUCGCAUGUGACCUACACAAAUUGGAGGAGCUGGUUCUGGACCGAUGUGUGCGGAUCACAGAUACAGGCCUGGGCUACUUAUCUACCAUGUCAACACUGAGAAGUCUCUACCUGCGCUGGUGUUGUCAAGUGCAAGACUUUGGGUUACAGCAUCUAUAUGGCAUGAGGAGUCUUCGUCUUCUCUCUCUAGCAGGGUGCCCUCUGCUGACCACCACUGGCCUAUCAGGCCUGAUCCAACUGCAGGAGCUAGAGGAGCUGGAACUGACCAACUGCCCGGGUGCCACAGCCGAACUCUUCAAAUACUACUCCCAGCAUCUGCCGCGCUGCAUGGUCAUCGAGUAGAGCAAAGAGUUUCAUGGGCACCAGCACCCACCACAUCACCAAAACCUCCUCCUACAGACUGAUGAUAAACCCAACUUCAUCCUGGACUCACAGGGAGAAUCAAUGAGAGAAAUUGAAAGGAAGUUUAUUUUCUGGAGGGGUGAAAAGGGAUCAUUGACAUGGAAGAUAAAAGAGAAAAAAGGUCGGAAUGGGCCUGGAGUGGCGAGCGAGAGGGAAAAUGUACAAAGCGCAGUGGCUAGAUCUUUCAUUAAAUAACAUGACACAUAGGAAUCAGGCCCCACACAUACAUGAAACAUGUUCCUCCACUGAACUGUGAGACUAGCUUCCAUGUCUCAUCCAAAACUGUUUAUCUUGAAGUGACAAAGGUGUGCUGCCUGUUUGAGCUGUAUCCCAUAUCCAGGGAAAGAUAGAGAGGAACCGAGACGUUUAAGGGAAAGGACGAGGUUAAAGAGCCACCGCGACAGGGUCUCUUCGCUUUUGUCCAGCAGCACCUGGGUUUCUCGCUCCCCUCAGUGGUGCUGCCGCUCUAUGUUUGUGUCUUAUCAAAGGAAAAAGAUUGAGAACUUUAGAGAUGAACAGCUAUGUAGAUUUUCACAACGCUACUUGCUUUUUGUCAUGCGGUUCUCUUUUUGUCUUUUUUUUUUUUUUUUUUUAAAUAUUAUUUUUUUAAGUAUUAUUUUUGAUGAUAAGGAUUACUGUGAAACAUUUAUGGUAUGAGUUUGAGGUUUUGGACACUUUGAAUAAGAUGGAAAUCCAGGUACGGUGAAGGUACAGUAUUAAGAGGUACUGUCCUUUGAAAGGAACCAGCAUAAUCAGAAGUCAGGAGGUUAUUUUUUCCCCCAGCAGAUUGCUCUUUUAAAGACAUUUCCAGAUAUUUUGAGUUGCGGAGUGGAUCGGAUCGGAACUUCUCAUACAUUUUAAUGUGGUUCAAAGGGACUGUGGUUUGUACAAAAGACAGCUUGGCUUUUUUCAUCUGCCUGUUUUGUUUUAAUUCCAUUUUGAUGUCAAUUGAUAUUAGUGGCUUAUGUGCAGGUUUCCAUAUUAAUCCUGAUUUAAAUGAAGAUGAGAUCUUUGACUGAUCCCAUAAUGCAGCGGGGCCACGUGACGGCCUUUCACAGACUGAAACUGCACGUCAUUGCUUACCUGUCACCAGGCCAAACCAUUACAGCAUGGCAAUUCUGAAGUUUCUUACAGUCCGGGCGCAGUGACUCUUUCAGCCCAAAUGCUUUUAAAUACAUCUGAUUAAUACAGUUUACAGUGAUUUGCAUCAAAUGCAGAGGCAGGCCAGUGUAAUUAAAGUGAUCACAAACAUCCCACACAAGAUUAUUACAGUAGUCUCUCUUCAUCUAGCUUUUUUUUUAGUUUUGCUUUCCCAUUGAGCAAUACCCACAUGUCUGCUUUUAGAUUAGAUUAGUAGCACCUCUUUUUAUUUUCAGAGAUGCUGGGGGUUCUUCGCCCUCACAGUUGCGCUCAUCUGUGGUGCCUACCUCAUUGUAAAAUCGGGGUACAUGGGAUACAGUUCUGCAAGAGAAUUUACAGAAACCAAACAUUUCUUCUUUUCCAACCCGCUCCAUACCCCAUACCGAACCCUGCAUUUGUCUUCUCAGGAGAUUAAUGUGCUGCUCAGAUCAUCUCAGAUAGGUCUGCUGUGAUGUUAAAACCCUUAACGUUCACCCAGUCUCAAACUAUAACACAUGCAAAGUGGCAAAAAAUAUGGCAUGGUACACAAUUGCGGAGUCUUAGAUUGGUGAAUAAUUUAAUUAAAAGCAACCCUUAAGUUCUAACUAGUGAAAUGUUUACCUUUGAAUAUUAUAAUCAUACGAUUUGCUACUUUUUUUCUUCAGGAAAUUGUAGAAGAAUGUACUUGUGAGCUUUUAGAUCGAUUAACAUGCUAUAACGCACUCAAACCAGGGAUUUUGCCUGAACUACAUUAUCUGGACUGAAAAAAUAAUUAAAAAAUGAUUCUGACUAAAUAGCUCACUCUUAAAAAGAAAGGUUUCUAAAGCAGGAUUUCAGAGCGAUGGCAUAGAAGAACCUCUUUGGGUUCCCCAAAGAACCUUGUAGUACACGGUUUUUAAACAAGCCACCAUUUUGUCAACCUUUAUUUAUUAGAGCGUACCUUUGAGAUGAAUGAGACUUCUAAAAGACAGCUAGCUAUUAUAGACCUCUUUGAUUUAAACAUGAAGCUAUCUUACUCAAAAAAGUGGAGAACAAAUCUAAUGGAUACUAUGCCAGGAUAAUUCCAACAUCACUGUUUUCAAAGUGAACACUACCCUUUCCCACACUAAAUCACCUAAGCUUUUUACAGAUUGUAUCUACUAAAAGAUACAUUUGCAUAAACAUUAGCACUCACCUCAGACAGUCGAUCUCUCUUCGUGUAUAUAGUGACCUGUUUAAUGGGGGGGUCACAGCUAAUCAGCGGUAGCGGUUGCUGCUUAUCCAGGCGAGAUCCCCUGAGACUUUUAAUCUCACUACCUUGUGUGACUUUAUCUUUUGAAUCAUUGAAGUUGUUACAUAUUUAUUUGCUUUUACUUAUCAUUAGUAGGGGGUUAAUUUAUUGACACGAUGCACAUAUUUAUUUAUUUAUUACUUUUACGAGGACGAUACUAGGUUUAUUUAUAGGCAGAACAGAGGGGGUAGCUGAGGAGACAGGAACUAGCGUGGGAAUUGGAGUUCAGUUUUUGUCAGAUGAAUUGGCUUUUUUUUUGCCAUGGUUUCAACGGUUCAACUGCAACCUCUGAGGCGCAUGUUUUUGGCGGGCAAACUGUUGACACAGCUGACAGAAGAAUGGAAGUGAAGGGCAAUAACUGGUUGACAGAGGCAUGGCUGACAGUGAGUUGACCUACCACUUCUAAUCCUCCUGCAGCCCAUUAUUUUUUUUUCUUAAUGACUAAUUUUGUUUUUGGUUGUAAAAUGGAUGUCAGUUGAGCUAUAGUGAAACGGCAUUGUCUCCAGGAUUGGAUGUUGAAUUCUGCACCAGGAGCUCAAAAUUUUGCUGUGUUUGGUUGAUUUGAGGUAUCCUGAUAACUGUUUGAAGACGUAUUGCAGUAUUACGUUUGUCUUUUAAAGAAAAUUAACUAGCGAAGGUUUAAAGGAAAUCCCAUCAAAUUGCUUUUCAUUCCACAUGUCUCCAUUCAUUGAUAACAUUUAACGGAACCAUUUGAGAUGAAUGAAAUAAAAAGAGAUUAUUAUUAUUAUAUCACUAAGGCAUUGCAUAGUAUUUGAGGACAAUUAUAUGAAACUGUCGGAGAUAUUGUAUUAAUCUUGUAUAAAUAAUAUUGUUUUGACUUCAAACCCGAGCCUUUUCCCUCUUUGUAUGGAAUCAGAGUUUAUGUGUGUGGGAUGGAUUUUUUUUCUUCACCUAAUUGAACCCUAAAUAUAAAUAUAACUCAUGCACUAACCCCACUGUAAUCUGUAAAUAUAUAUCAAUAUGUCGAGGUCAUCUGUCGGAAGGUUUCAACUGUUUUUCAGGCUGCCUGCUCUAAUCGCGCACGUCUAUACCGCUCAGCAGAGAAACCUGGUCAAGAAAAGAGGCAAGAUAUGCAAAAAGGUUCAUGUCUUUUAGCGAUGAAUCACAUCAGCAAUCGAUAAUAUAAGAGACUUAAGCUUGUCUCACUUUGUACAUUGAGCUAAUAUCAAAGACAUGUUAAUACGGGCUAAAUGCAAGAAUAUUAACAGAUGUUUAUUGUGUCUACAUUGACACUGCGUGGGCAGCGCGCGUACGCCUGCUGUCGUCCUCAUAUGAUCGAGGCAGGGUUACUUUUCCGAGUCUAUAAUGAAAUACUGGUACUACUGUGUGAAUUUCGCUUUCCUACAAGACAAUUCUGGCUGGCAGAUAUAUGGAGGGUUUCUGUCUGAUUUACACUGUAAAUUUAAACCAUUUUCAAGGCCAGUUUCCAUGAAUAGUGCUCCUCUAUUCUUGCUCUCUAAAGGAGUUUUACUAGCUUACCACAUCCAGAGUGUGUUGGCAGUUUCUGUUCACCCUCCAGCUUGCUUUUAACUCUAAAUGUCUGGCGCUUUUAAUUGUUAAGCGAAUAGAAUAAAUCAUCUGUUCCUCUAACUCUUCCCAGCUAACAUAUUCAUACCAGGAUUGUUUCUUUUUAUAAAUUUGAGAAAGACAUGAUUCAACAACAGAGAACGACUCUUUUGUUGACUCUUUGUAUGUACGUGUACAUGUAAUACUAAAACAAUAUUAGUAAUGCUUUUGACAUUCAUACAGGGUCAGUAACAACAACUUUUAUUCUGGUGCAAACACUUGGUUUGGGUGACUGUGGUUCAACAGCCUAAUGAGCAAUGUUAGAUAUCCUCCUCACACUGAUUAUCUAAAAUGUUUCUUUCAUUUAUUUGGUAUUUUAUUUCUCUGGUGUGACAUGAGCAUGUCACAGCUCUCGGUUCUUUAAGGUACAUUUCUUUUUGUAAAUACUGUUGUGGUGGUUAAUUUAAAAUGGAAGAGAAAAAAAAGAACGUUUUAUGAACUCCAUCUCAUGGCUGCAGUGCCUUGUCAGACAAGCGUUGUUGUUUUCAAUUGGUUGGUUCCAGUCUGCACCAUUUUAGUAAAAGUUGUACAAAAUAA